AUGGAGGUGACCUGCCUUCUACUUCUGGCGCUGAUCCCCUUCCACUGUCGGGGACAAGGAGUCUACGCUCCUGCCCAAGCCCAGAUCGUGCACGCAGGGCAGGCCUGUGUGGUAAAGGAGGAUAACAUCAGCGAGCGAGUCUACACCAUUCGGGAGAGCGACACCCUGGUGCUGCAAUGCCUGGUCACUGGGCACCCUCGGCCCCAGGUGCGGUGGACCAAGACGGCUGGCAGCGCAUCGGACAAGUUCCAGGAGACGUCGGUGUUCAACGAGACUCUGCGGAUCGAGCGCAUCGCCCGCACACAGGGUGGCCGCUACUACUGCAAGGCGGAGAACGGAGUGGGCGUGCCAGCCAUCAAGUCCAUCCGCGUGGACGUGCAGUACUUGGAUGAGCCCAUGCUGACGGUGCACCAGACAGUGAGCGACGUCAGAGGCAACUUCUACCAGGAGAAGACGGUGUUCCUACGCUGCACUGUCAGCUCCAACCCACCCGCCCGCUUUAUCUGGAAGAGGGGCUCUGACACCCUGUCCCACAGCCAGGACAAUGGGGUUGACAUCUACGAGCCUCUCUACACCCAGGGGGAGACAAAGGUCUUGAAGCUGAAGAACCUGCGGCCCCAGGAUUACGCCAGCUACACCUGCCAGGUGUCCGUGCGUAAUGUGUGUGGCAUCCCAGACAAGGCCGUCACCUUCCAGCUCACCAACACCACAGCACCGCCAGCCUUGAAGCUGUCUGUGAACGAGACUCUGGUGGUGAACCCUGGGGACAAUGUGACAGUGCAGUGUCUACUGACAGGCGGCGAUCCCCUCCCCCAGCUGCACUGGUCCCACGGACCUGGCCCACUGCCCCUGGGUGCUCUGGCUCAGGGUGGCACCCUCAGCAUCCCUUCAGUGCAGGCCCGGGACUCUGGCUACUACAACUGCACAGCCACCAACAAUGUAGGCAACCCAGCCAAGAAGACGGUCAACCUGCUGGUGCGAUCCUUGAAGAAUGCCACAUUCCAGAUCACCCCCGAUGUGAUCAAAGAGAGCGAGAACAUUCAGCUCGGCCAGGACCUGAAGCUGUCGUGCCACGUGGAUGCGGUGCCCCAGGAGAAGGUCACCUACCAGUGGUUCAAAAAUGGCAAGCCGGCACGCAUGUCCAAGCGACUGCUGGUGACCCGAAAUGACCCCGAGUUGCCAGCCAUCACCAGCAGCCUGGAGCUCAUUGACCUGCACUUUAGUGACUACGGCACUUACUUGUGCAUGGCGUCCUUCCCGGGAUCACCGGUUCCUGACCUCAGCAUUGAGGUCAACAUUUCCUCUGAGACAGUGCCUCCCACCAUCAGUGUGCCCAAGGGCCGCUCGGUGGUGACCGUGCGAGAAGGCUCUCCUGCCGAGCUCCAGUGUGAAGUGCGGGGCAAGCCCCGGCCGCCAGUGCUGUGGUCUCGCGUGGACAAAGAGGUCGCCCUGCUGCCCUCAGGGCUGGCCCUGGAAGAGACUCCGGAUGGGAAGCUGCGGUUGGAGCGCGUGAGCCGUGACAUGAGCGGCACCUACCGCUGCCAGACGGCUCGCUACAAUGGCUUCAACGUGCGAUCCCGGGAGGCUCAGGUGCAGCUGACAGUGCACUUCCCGCCAGAGGUGGAGCCCAGUUCCCAGGACGUGCGCCAGGCCCUGGGCCGGCCGGUGCUCCUGCGCUGCACGCUCCUGCGCGGCAGCCCCCAGCGCAUCGCCUCGGCCGUGUGGCGCUUCAAAGGACAGCUGCUGCACCCUCCACCUGUUGUCCCCGCCGCCACCGAGACCACCGAUCACGCCGAGCUGCGCCUGGACGCCCUGACCCGUGACAGCAGCGGCAGCUACGAGUGCAGCGUCUCCAACGACGUGGGCUCAGCCACCUGCCUCUUCCAGGUCUCCGCCAAAGCCUACAGCCCGGAGUUUUACUUCGACACCCCCAACCCCACCCGCAGCCACAAGCUGUCCAAGAACUACUCAUACGUGCUACAGUGGACGCAGAGGGAGCCAGACGCUGUGGACCCCGUGCUCAACUACAGACUCAGCAUCCGCCAGUUGAACCAGCACAAUGCCAUGGUCAAGGCCAUCCCUGUGCGGCGUGUGGAGAAGGGGCAGCUGCUGGAGUACAUCCUGACUGAUCUUCGUGUGCCACACAGCUAUGAGAUCCGCCUCACACCCUAUACCACCUUCGGGGCUGGUGACAUGGCUUCCCGAAUCAUCCACUACACAGAGCCCAUCAACUCACCCAACUUAUCAGACAACACCUGCCACUUUGAGGAUGAGAAAAUCUGCGGUUACACUCAGGACCUGACAGACAACUUUGACUGGACGCGGCAGAAUGCUCUUACCCAGAACCCCAAGCGCUCUCCCAAUACCGGUCCCCCUACUGACAUCAGUGGCACCCCUGAAGGCUAUUACAUGUUCAUCGAGACAUCCAGACCCCGGGAGCUGGGGGAUCGUGCAAGGUUGGUGAGUCCCCUGUACAACGCCAGCGCCAAGUUCUACUGUGUCUCUUUCUUCUACCACAUGUACGGGAAACACAUCGGCUCCCUCAACCUUCUGGUGCGGUCCAGGAACAAAGGCGCUCUAGAUACACAUGCCUGGUCCCUCAGUGGCAACAAGGGCAACGUGUGGCAGCAGGCCCAUGUGCCCAUCAAUCCCAGUGGGCCCUUCCAGAUUAUUUUUGAGGGGGUUCGAGGCUCGGGCUACCUGGGGGAUAUUGCCAUAGAUGAUGUCACACUGAAGAAGGGAGAGUGCCCCCGGAGGCAGAUGGAUCCCAAUAAAGUGGUGGUGAUGCCAGGCAACGGAGCCCCCGGCCUGUCCAGUCUGCAGCUUUGGAGACCCCUGGCUAUCUUCCUCUUGGCAUUGCAGAGAUGA